AAUAAUUCGUGACCAGUGAAUCAGUCGCUCAUUUAUUUGAGGGCAAUUAACACUGAAAAAUAUAUUUGACCAGUUUAAUUAUGCGUCCCUUUGUCCCCUUAUUUUUCAUCCUGGUGGUCGCACAGACCACCUUCUCCCUCACCCACGCCGCCAACAUUCCUCCCCCCGAAGGGGGUCAAAACCCCCCCAAACCGAAUCCCGCCCCCCGCCAAAUCGCCGAUGAAGACGACAUCGACACGGACGGGCCGUACGGCUACAUUCCUCGCGUUGUUCACGGCGUCAACAAAAUUGUCAAAGGGGUUUUAACCGGAAGUCCGCAUUCCGUCUUUCACGGCGCCUUCGGCAUCGCGCCGGACGACGUGGCGGAAGACCUGAUCGGAACUUACAACCAAAUUAUGGGAAUUCCUGACACGGAAGAUCUCGAUUUGGACGAGACGACCGAAAAAAAGUCGGGUGGGGGUAAGAAACCCUUGAAAAAACCGGGAGCGGCAGGAUUAACGGGUUUAAUCAAGGGCGGGGCAGGAACAAAUGGUGCAGCGACAAAGACAAAACCUGCAGGCGCCGUGGCGUCAUCGGUGUCAGCGACAAAACCAAAAGUUAACAAAAAGAAGAAGCCGGUCUCGGAGAAAGGGGACAGCGCCGAGGACGAGGACGAGGAAGACGAUGAAGAUGACUUUUAAUUAGCAAAAAUUGCACAAAAUUGCAUAAAAAUUGCACAAAAUUGCAGAAAAAUUGCAGAAAAAUUGCAGAAAAUUAUACUUAUUAAUAACAAUAAUAAAUUAAUUCCUGAGGAUUAAGCCGACUUUCAAUAAUGAAUAAAAAUAUUUAAUUAAUUCUUGAUCGGAACUGAAUUCCUGACCCGAAAGAUCUCGAUUUGGACGAGACUACAGAAAAAAAGUCGGAUGGGGGUAAAAACCCGGUAAAAAAACGGGAAUUAAAUUGGUAAUAUUCAUCUAUUUUGGGGAAAGUGUAAUAGUGCAAAUGCAGUCGAAUUGUGUAAAUGAUUCAAUUUCUGAGAAGUGGUCAGUUUGGUCACUAAUUUGCAGUAUGAAGGACGAUUAAACGGAAAUAGCCACGUGAAAAAUUGCUAAUUAAGGAACAGAUUCUCAGAAGAUUAGAUCACAAUACAUAAAUUAUGAAUUAUUUUUCUUCCAAUUUUUUCACCCUUGCACAAUUGUGGACAAGAUUAAUAAAAAAUAGAUAUUGAAAUG